GCUUACCUCAAGGCUCCUUGCUGCACUUCCGGGCUGUGGGGCGACUGCGGUGGCUCCAAGAUGAUGGAGAGGGAGAGACUUGUGCUAUCUCCCCCAGAUCCCCUGGACCUGCCUCUUCGGGCUGUGGAGCUGGGAUGCAGUGGGCGCUGGGAGCUCCUCAAUAUAGCUGGGGCUCCAGAGAGCACCCUUCCGCACAACCUCCUUCCCUGUGCCCCAGAUCUGCAGCAAGAAGCAGAGCAAUUGUUUCUGUCAUCUCCAGCCUGGCUGCCUCUGCAUGGCCUGGAACACUCAGCUCGAAAAUGGCAGCGGAAGAUGGAUCCCUGGUCUCUCCUUGCUGUACUGGGGGCCCCAGUCCCCUCUGACCUACAAGCCCAAAGACACCCAACCACAGGCCACAUACUGGGCUACAAGGAGGUCUUGCUGGAGAAUACAGACCUGUCAGCCACGACCUCAUUAUCUCUUCGCCGGCCGCCAGGGCCCAUCUCCCAGUCCCUGUGGGGGAAUCCAACACAAUACCCUUUCUGGCCAGGUGGAAUGGAUGAGCCCACCAUAACAGAUCUGAGCACUCGGGAGGAAGCCGAGGAGGAGAUAGACUUUGAGACAGCUCUUCUUACUGUUCCACCUGGCUUCAAGAAAGGUGUGGACUUUGCACCAAAGGAUUACCCAGCUCCAACUCCUGGGUUGCUCAGCCUCAGUCGUCUGCUAGAGCCCCUGGAUCUGGGUGGCGGUGAUGAAGAUGAGAGGGAGGCAAUGGGACAGCCAGGAGGUACCAGAGGGGACACAGUUAUGGCCUCUCCCUGUAAUGCUCCCUUGGUUCGAGCAAGCAGCUUGGAGGACCUAGUGUUGAAGGAAGCUUCCACAAUUGCAUCCUCCCUAGAGCCCCCCAAAACCCUUCCUCAGGAGCAGUGGGCCAUUCCUGUGGAUGUCACCACCCCUGUUGGUGAUUUCUACCGCCUCAUUCCCCAGCCAGCCUUCCAGUGGCCGUUUGAGCCUGACGUGUUCCAGAAACAGGCCAUCCUGCACUUGGAACGGCACAACUCAGUCUUUGUGGCAGCUCACACAUCCGCAGGGAAGACAGUUGUGGCUGAAUAUGCCAUUGCCCUUGCCCAGAAGCACAUGACACGCACCAUCUACACUUCGCCUAUCAAGGCUUUGAGUAACCAGAAGUUCCGAGACUUCCGAAACACAUUUGGGGAUGUGGGACUGCUCACUGGGGAUGUACAGCUGCACUCAGAGGCCUCUUGCCUCAUCAUGACGACAGAGAUCCUUCGCUCCAUGCUGUACAGUGGCUCAGAUGUCAUCCGGGACCUGGAGUGGGUCAUCUUUGACGAGGUUCACUACAUCAACGAUGCUGAGCGUGGGGUCGUGUGGGAGGAGGUGCUUAUCAUGCUCCCUGAACAUGUCUCUGUCAUCCUUCUGAGUGCCACUGUUCCCAACGCCCUUGAAUUUGCUGAUUGGAUUGGACGACUGAAGCGUCGUCAGAUCUACGUGAUCAGCACUGUCACUCGCCCCGUCCCCCUAGAGCAUUAUCUCUUUACGGGGAACAGUCCCAAGACCCAGGACGAACUCUUCCUGUUGCUGGACUCCCAAGGCACCUUCCACACAAAGGGGUACUAUGCAGCUGUGGAGGCCAAGAAGGAGAGGAUGAGCAAACACGCCCAGACCUUUGGGGCCAAGCAGCCCACGCAUCAGGGGGGCCCAGCACAGGACCGAGGUGUGUACCUGUCCCUCCUGGCUUCCCUCCGCCGCCGUGCACAGCUGCCCGUGGUGGUGUUCACCUUUUCCCGGGGCCGCUGUGAUGAGCAGGCUGCGGGCCUCACCUCCCUUGACCUCACCACAAGUUCAGAGAAGAGCGAGAUUCACCUCUUCCUGCAGCGCUGCCUUGCUCGCCUCCGAGGCUCUGACCGCCAGCUGCCCCAGGUGCUGCACAUGUCAGAGCUCCUGCACCGAGGCCUGGGCGUGCACCACAGCGGCAUCCUACCCAUCCUCAAGGAGAUCGUGGAGAUGCUUUUCAGCCGUGGCCUGGUCAAGGUCCUGUUUGCCACUGAGACCUUUGCCAUGGGGGUAAAUAUGCCGGCCCGAACAGUGGUGUUUGAUUCCAUGCGCAAGCACGACGGCUCCACCUUCCGGGACCUGCUCCCUGGGGAGUAUGUGCAGAUGGCAGGUAGGGCAGGCCGGAGGGGCCUGGACCCCACAGGCACCGUUAUCCUGCUCUGCAAGGGCCGAGUGCCCGAGAUGGUGGACCUGCACCGAAUGCUGACGGGUAAGCCAUCGCAGCUGCAGUCGCAGUUCCGCCUCACAUACACCAUGAUCCUCAACCUGUUGCGGGUGGACGCCCUCCGGGUGGAAGACAUGAUGAAGAGGAGCUUCUCGGAGUUUCCGUCCCGCAAGGACAGCAAGGCCCAUGAACAGGCUCUAGCUGAACUAACCAAGAAGCUGGAGGCCUUAGAGGAACCUGACCUGACCGGCCAACUGGUCGACCUUUCCGAGUAUUACAUCUGGGGAGAAGAAUUGACAGAGAUUCGGAGCCUGAUCCAGCGACGUGUCAUAGAGUCUGUGAAUGGGCUGAAAUCUCUCUCAUCUGGAAGGGUGGUGGUUGUGAAGAAUCAGGAUCAUCACAAUGCACUGGGUGUGAUCCUGCAGGUCUCCUCAAACUCUACUGGCAGAUCGUUCACAACCCUGGUCUUGUGUGAUAAGCCCCUGUCUGAGGACCCAUGGGACAGGGGGUCGGCCUCCCCAGGCGUGCCCUACCCAGAUGACCUUGUGGGAUUCAAGCUGUUCCUGCCUGAAGGGCCCUGUGACCACACUGUGGCCAAGCUUCAGCCCAGAGAUGUGGCUGCCAUCACCACCAAAGUGCUCCGGGUGAACGGAGAGAAGAUCUUGGAGGACUUCAGCAAAAGGCAGCAACUGAAAUUUAAGUUAGAUGCUGGGGAACCCAUUUUCCUGGGAAGGGACUAUGUCAUGGGGAGUGGGAGGUAUGGUUGGGGCGUCUCCCCUGGCCUGAGGGAGCUCUUACAUAAGAGAAGUCUCAGGACCUACUCCUUCCUUAGGCAGGAUCCUCCUGUUGCUGCCGUGACCACUGCUGUCCAGGAACUGCUGCGCCUGUCUCAGGCCUACCCAGCAGGACCCCCUACCCUCGACCCUGUCAACGACUUGCAGCUUAAGGAUAUGUCGGUGGUUGAGGGUGGACUCCGUGCCAGGAAGCUCGAGGAGCUGAUCCGGGAAGCUCAGUGUGUGCACAGCCCCCGUUUCCCUGCCCAGUACCUGAAGCUUCGGGAGCGAAUGCAGGUACUAAAGGAGAUGGAGCGGCUGCGCUUCCUACUGUCAGAUCAGUCGCUGCUACUGCUCCCCGAGUACCACCAGCGAGUACAGGUGCUCCAAACCCUGGGUUAUGUAGACGAGGCAGGCACAGUGAAGCUGGCGGGGCGGGUGGCUUGUGCCAUGAGCAGCCACGAGCUGCUCCUCACUGAGCUCAUGUUUGACAACGCUCUGAGUGCCCUGCGGCCAGAGGAGAUUGCAGCCCUGCUCUCUGGUCUGGUCUGCCAGAGCCCUGGGGACACUGGGGAACAGCUCCCAAGUACCCUCAAACAGGGAGUGGAACGUGUCCGGGCUGUGGCCAAGCGGAUUGGUGAGGUUCAGGCGGCCUGUGGCCUGAACCAGACAGUGGAGGAAUUUGUAGGGGAGCUGAAUUUUGGGCUUGUUGGAGUUGUGUACGAGUGGGCCCGGGGCAUGCCCUUCUCUGAGUUGGCAGGGCUCUCGGGGACCCCUGAGGGCCUGGUGGUCCGCUGCAUCCAGCGCCUCGCCGAGAUGUGUCGGUCGUUGCGGGGGGCGGCCCGCCUGGUAGGCGAGCCUGUGUUAGGUGCCAAGAUGGAGACGGCAGCCACCCUGCUACGGAGGGACAUCGUCUUCGCAGCCAGCCUCUAUACUCAGUGAAUGACUCCCGUGUAAAAAGUGGUAAUAAAACAGCAAACCGUC